AUGUCAUAUGGCUUUGGCUAUCACUCUGUUGCUGCUGAUCAUUAUUAUAAAGUGGUUGUUGUUUUAUGGAAAGGUUGUUGCGGGGCUCCGAAAACUCAAGUCAAGCUCAAUACUCUGGGUACCAACAUUUGGAAAAACAUUGACGAGUUCCCUUUUGGUACUGUCCCCCAUCCGAAGAAAUCCGGAAAAUAUGUGAGUGGCACAAUCAAUUGGUUGGCUUCUUCUCGACAUCGCUCAAGUCCACACUUUAUUGUAUCUCUUGAUUUGGGCAAUGAAUCUUAUCAGAAACUUUUGCUGCCGCCGGAUUAUGCAGAGGUCAACACCAAUUCCUUCUUGGCCUUGACUUUGGACGUCUUCAGGGAUUGCUUGUGCAUCAUUUCUGGUCAUGAUCAUGAUGUUUGGCUUAUGAAGGAAUAUGGAAAAAAAGAGUCUUGGACCAAAUUGUUCACUAUUUCAUACAAACAAGAUCCUAGUUUGUCAUUUUUCUUGGAGAAGGUGAUAUAUGUUUUUGAGGAUGGCCAAGUGUUGCUUCAAAUUAAAAUGCCUUUUUUUCGUCCGCAGUUGAUUGUAUAUCAUCCAAGGAUUGCUACUUUUAAGUUCGUUACAUUUCCAAAGAGUUUUUGUGAUUCAAGGUCUGGUGUCCUAGAUGUCUCAAAGUAUGGUGGCCUAGUAGUCUGCAUUGACAGUUUGAUAUCACCCUGUUCUUAG